GCUUCUCUAAAUCUGUCCAUGCUGUACAGGUACUGCUGUAAACUAAACAAGAAACGUACGUCCUUCAUACAUUCCAGAAGGGUUAUUCACUAUACCCGCUUUGACCAGAAGAAGAGGGCCAACGCUGCAGUACUUAUUGGUGCCUAUGCUGUAAUUUAUUUGAAGAGAACCCCAGAGGAGGUCUACAAAACUCUUAUCUCAGGAAACAACACGGCAUAUCUCCCUUUCAGGGACGCUGCUCUCGGAGAAUCUACAUACAGUUUGUCCAUCUUAGACUGUUUACAAGGAAUUCGCAAGGCCAUGCAACAUGGAUUCUGUGAUUUUGAGACCUUUGAUGUGGAAGAAUACGAGCAUUAUGAGCGAGUAGAGAAUGGAGAUAUGAACUGGAUUGUCCCAGGGAAGAUUUUGGCCUUUAGUGGACCUCAUCCAAAAAGUAAGGUAGAAAAUGGGUACCCUCUCCAUGCUCCAGAGGUAUACUUCCCCUACUUCCAGGACCAUGACAUCAUCACUGUGGUGCGCCUCAACAGGAAGAUCUAUGACAGAUGCCGGUUCACUGAUGCAGGAUUUGAGCAUCAUGACCUUUUCUUCGUGGACGGGACCACGCCCAGUGACCUAAUCACUCGCCGCUUCCUUCACGUGUGUGAGAGCUCAGAGGGUGCAGUAGCUGUCCACUGCAAGGCGGGUCUGGGUCGUACAGGGACUCUGAUAGGGUGUUACCUGAUGAAGCACUACUGCUUCACAGCGGCUGAAGCCAUCGCCUGGAUCAGGAUCUGCAGACCUGGUUCCAUCAUUGGACCCCAACAAAACUUUUUAGAAGAGAAGCAACACAGUAUGUGGGUGCAGGGAGACAUGUACCGCAACAAACAGAAACAGCAGCAGCAUCGCCAGUGGCUAAAGCAGGACCGAGAACUGACUUGUCUUGUCUCCAGUAUGGACGAACUUUCAAUUAGCACAACCCUCUAUAAGUCAUUCAGCUUGGAUGAGAAUAACUGCAGGGAGGAAUGGCUCACCCAAGGUGAUAAACUCAGGGCUCUGAAAGGCUGUCACUCUCCCAAGUCUGCUACUGCUUCAAGGCUGAAUUUGACAAAUGAGACAUCCAUCGCCUGUCCCAAAUUGUCUAAGUUCUCCCAGGUCGCUGUUCCUUCUUCCACCUUUGCAUCCCCCAAAAAGCUUGUACAAAGCUCUUCAUCCACUGCUAUUAAUCCCAAAAGUCCAUUUGGCCUGAAUAUAUUCAGCUCUAAGGCUACUACCAUUCGCUGAGCCCACACAGAUACCUGACCUUUGAUCUUCCAUUUGACACAAGGAUGCGGGAAGUUAACUCCGAAAAGAGCACCACUGUCUGCACUUAACAAAACAUCUGUUUCAUUAGAUUUUGAUAAUUUUUUUAUCAUGGAAGAACGAUAGUGAUGCCUGGGAUGACUAAUACCGGUUAUAUCUGCAGGGGAAGUAGCGGGUUUCAAAUAUUUGUUGGAUGAAAGGCAAAUGGAUGGUGGGUGGAAUGAAUUUUAAAUACUUAUUAAAUAACUAUUACUAGACCUAACAAUUUUAUUUAUAACAUUCUCUAAUUUCCUGUUACUUAGUUUGAAGCGCUUGAUCUAAAAACAACAACACUACUUCCCUGCAUCUAAAUUCCCCUAACAGAUAUGAAAUGUAUUGUUUUGGUUCUUCUACCAGACUACGUAGGCUAUACAUAUUUAAGUAGCUUUUUAUGUGGAUUUGUUUUCUAUUUGUUGUAGGGCUAUUAGGAAUUACAGGCGAGUGAAGGUGAAAAAAAUAUAUUCAAUGGAUGUGUACUGUCAAACAAUACAUUUAAAUAUGUUUUUUAAAUAUGUUUUUUUUUUUAAUGGGUUGAAACUUUUUUUGGGUGCAAGGAGAUGUUUGUGGCUUUCUGUGAUGUUAAUUCAUUAUUUAAUAAUGAAUAAAUAUAUAUAUUGAUUGACUUUAUAAACAAUAGCCUAGCCAAGAAUCUGUUGAAACUUAAAUGACUGUCUACAAAUGUUUUCUUAGAGAUGCAGUUUUUUAAUAGAAUAAAUGUUUGGAUUGUAA